AUGGGUGUCGUCGAGAAGAUCAAGGAGCUCGAAGAUGAGGUCGCCAGGACGCAGAAGAACAAGGCCACAGAAUAUCACUUGGGUCAGCUCAGAGCCAAGAUCGCCAAGCUCCGUCAUGAGCUCCUCGAGCCGCAAAAGAAGUCGGGCAAGCCAGGCGAGGGCUUCGAUGUCAUGAAAUCCGGCGAUGCCCGUGUCGCUCUCAUCGGUUUCCCUUCGGUCGGAAAGUCGAGUUUCCUCUCCAAGGUCACAGACACCAAGUCGGAAGCAGCAGCAUACGAAUUCACUACGCUCACAUGUCAGCCAGGUGUGCUCGAGUACGAAGGGGCCAAGAUUCAGAUCCUCGAUUUGCCCGGUAUCAUCGAGGGAGCCUCCGAGGGCAAAGGUCGAGGUCGACAAGUCGUCGCUGUUGCCAAAACGGCCGAUAUGAUCAUCAUCAUGCUCGAUGCCACCAAGCCGGAGACCCAUCGAGCGUUGCUGGAGAAGGAGCUGGAGGCAGUCGGUAUCCGACUUAACAAGACCAAGCCAGACGUAGGUUUGCGUAAGAAGAACACCGGAGGCAUCGUCAUCACCAAGGCCAUGGGCUUGACAUUGACCAAGAUCGACGAAAAGAUGAUCCGCUCCAUCUUGCAAGGCUACAAGAUGCACAACGUUGAUGUCAUGCUCAGAGAGGAUAUUACCGUUGACGAGUUCAUCGACGUCGUGCUCGGCAACCGCAACUACGUGCCAUGUCUCUACGUCUACAACAAGAUCGACUCGAUCAGCAUGGAGCAGAUGGACAAACUGGCGAGGCAGCCCAACUCGGUCGUCAUCUCGGUCGAGAAGGAUCUCAACAUUGACUUCCUGAAGGACAUCAUGUGGGACAAGCUCGGCAUCAACCGCAUCUACACCAAGAAGCGCGGAGAGAGGCCCGACCUUUCGGACCCCUUGUGCGUGCGCAAGGGUGCCACCAUCGAGCACGUAUGUCACCAAGUACACAGAGCCCUCGCAGAAAAGUUCAAGUACGCCCUUGUGUACGGAAAGAGCAGCAAGUUCCCCACCUCGCAGAAGGUCGGACUCAAUCACGUUGUCGCAGCCGACGACGUGGUCAGCAUCUUUACCAAGUGA